AUGGCGGAGGGCUCGUACAUGGUGACCGGAAGUGUCGAACACCCUGAGCGCCUGGUUCAGAUCGAGCCUCACGGCCACUGGCGGCGGAUUCCAGAACACGAGCAAUUCAGCUGCUGCGAUAUCCUGACUUGCUCUUGUUCCUCACUCACGAAAGGAUCGCCCGAGAAAAUACGGAAUGACGAGACCACAGCAGCGCCCCUGCGUCACCACGGCGUGCUGCGCCGAGGCGUCAGGAAGCUCCUACAUUUCCAAGAGACACAGAACCUGAGGCAGUCGGUCUGGAGUCAGGCGCACCCGGCGAAUCGACAGAUACAAGCUGCACUUGGCACUUGUGUUCUUGGACAACAAGUAGCAGAUGAUGGUUCGCCAGAGCCCCCCGUUGCGAAGACACUGCAAGCUGCGCCACAGGAACCGGCACCGAGAACAGAUGCCUGCCAAGAACGAUUUGAGCAGGCUGCUGAGGCAGCACCAGAACAGAAAAAGGCUGCGACUGAGAAACCGGAAGCGCCCGAACAGCGACAGGAAGUGGUUGUCGCGAAGCUGAAAAAGCCACAGCCUCCAGAGGCAGCAGAGACGCCAGCGAAACCCGAACAACGGCAUGAAGUUGCCGUCACGACAGCGAAGACGCCGCAGGAUACACAUGCCUCGCAUCUGCCCUAUAUGACCAAGGAGCAGGCGGAAGCAAAAGGAUUCACAAUCACUUGGUAUGAUCCUGAAGACACCUACAACCCCUUGUAUUUCGGCGUGUCACCUGAGGACAUAGAGGAGCAAAAGGCGCUGGACGAGCGAACAGUCUAUCUUGUCUUCAGAUUGCCAAAAGUAUCUCGACCCUGCUUUGAUCCUGCAAUACGCCGGUAG